GGUUUGCAAAUUAUUUAUACGCAGGAUGAAGUGGCUUUUAUCCAAAAUUUGGUAUGCUAUGUCGAAAGAGUUUAUCGUACACCAGAUUAAAAGUAAGGUAACGUGUUAUUUUGGGGCAGGGUAUUACAAAAAAGGUAGCUGAAUGGAUGAUAAUAGAACUAGAUCAAAAUCAGUGUUUUGGUAAUUGAUUUAAUGAAGCUAAGAUUACUUCGAUCGAAAUUCUAUUACUAAAACUUUUACUUUAUUACGGAAAUGUCACUAAAGUAAAAUAUAGAGAGUAAUAAAUUAUUUUAUGAGUAAAUUAAGUUUUUGAAGUGUUUAAUUGCAUUUUCGAGCUUUUCAUGAAUUUGGGGCAAAAACCAGAAUUGUAAAAGUUAUAUGAGAAAAAGGAUGAGAUAAUGAUUUUCUUCUAAGGAGUAGAGUGUUCCACACAUAAGCUUCUCCGCACAUGAAUUCCUCCGUGCGUCAGAAUCCUCCGCACAUGAACUCCUCCGUGCGUCAGAGUCCUCCGCCGGUGUUCCUUUUAACUCGCUUCAUUUGCAUGAUUGGUUGUAUGGCAAUGCCAGAAAUGAUAUAUCUUGACAUUGAUAUUUACAAUAUCAUGAAAUACCGUCAAGAAUCACCAGAAUAUAAAUUAAAGAGAACGAAGGGCUAUUUUACGAAUUUUAAUAAAAGCCGCAUCAAAACGAGUAAAUUAAAUAUGCCUGCCGCCGAAACGUUGAAGCGUUUAAUAAACGCGGCAGCCAAAAGCAGAAGACUGAUGAAGACUUUCAGUUAUUGGAAAUAUCGUGGUAUACUGUAUGCGAAACCCAACUGCAGUUCAUAAUCAUCUUCCAACAUUCCGUCGUCAUUUUGAUUUUCUAACUAGAAUAGUUUCAACGACGUUAUAUUAAAAUCUAAGGAAAUAGAUUUCGUCAUAACUAUUUGGACUUGUUUUGUCCAAGUUGCGGUCUAUGCAUGAGCAUGCAAUAUUGUCUGUCAAAGCUUUCUAAAUUGAACAAUAUGUGCCAUCAAAGUACCUACAUAUAUUUUCUCCGACGAAGGCACUUUAGUUGUGGGUUAAUUCAUAUUUUGUGGCAUAUGAUUUUCAUCACGAGUAAGUUAUGAGAAAAAAAAAACAUUUGGAUAUAGGAAUGACUAAAAUAAUAUCUUCACUCACUUUAAUGUUAUUUAAACGUUAAAAUAGAUACAGUAAAAAUCUAAGAACGCAAAUGGCAACGAUCGAGUAGGCUUUGGUACUAAAAUUUUGGGAACUUUAUUUUACUCAACCAAAUAAACAGGAAAAAAUUAAUUUGAAAAUAAGAAGAAAUUAAAUUGAAAAAUUAAUUGAUAUUUGAUAUGGUCUUACUGCCCAUCAUAAAUACGUCUAUUUUUACAGUUACGUUGUGUAAAUUAAAGUACAAGGGGGAAGUGUCUAAUGUGCACAAUAACUUGGUACCUUUGGAUUUCAUCCUAUUACAUCAGUCUAUACCUAAGCCCAAAUUUAUCCUCAAUGGCUCUAAUGAAGAUUAUGGAUCUAAUUCCAAUGUAACUGAUCCAAUCCACUUCCAAACAAACCAAAAAAAGAAA